AUGACAGCAUCAACGUCAACACCAACAACACCAACGACAACAUCAACGUCAAUACCAACAACACCAACGACAACAUCAACGUCAACACCAACAACACCACCAGCGACAACACAAAUGAUAACAUCAACGUCAAUAUCAACAACCACUACCAUUCGAAAGUCAGGAUGGUCUAAUACCGGUAAGAUGAAUCAUGCACGAGAUGAACAUACAACAUCCUUAUUAGUGAAUGGAAAAGUGCUAGCUGCUGGUGGUAAUAACCACGAUGAUCAUCCUCUAGAAAGUGCCGAAUUAUAUGAUCCAUCAACAUUAACUUGGACAGUUACUGGUAGUAUGAAUGACACGCGAUAUGGCCACGAAGCUACUGUAUUAACAAAUGGAAAAGUAUUAGUUACUGGCGGAUAUAGCGGUGAUGUUUAUCUCAACAGUGCUGAGUUGUAUGAUCCAUUAACAGGAAUUUGGACAGUUACGAGCAGUAUGAAUGAUGCACGAAAUUUUCAUGCAGCAUCUCUACUAACAACUGGAAAAGUAUUAGUUACUGGUGGAUAUAAUGGUACUAUUGUUUUACAUAGUGCUGAAUUGUAUGAUCCAUUAACAGAAAUUUGGACAACUACAGGUAGUAUGGCUAAUGCACGAGAUGGACACACGUUAACCGUAUUGGGAAAUGGAAAAGUAUUAGCUAUUGGCGGAUUUGGUGAUGGUACAAUGCAGAAUACUGCUGAAUUGUAUGAUCCAUCAACAGAAAUUUGGAAAACUACUCGUAAUAUGCAUCAUACACGAGAUUAUCUCACAGCAUCUUUAUUAACAAAUGGAAAAGUAUUAGUUACUGGUGGAUAUCACGGUAAUGGUACCGAAUUGUAUGAUCCAUCAACAGAACUUUGGUCAAUUACUGGUAGCAUGCAUAGUACACGUAAUAAUCAUCGAGCAGCCGUGUUAAUAAAUGGAAAAGUGUUAGUUACUGGUGGAUAUAAUGAUCGUUUUACUCUAAAUAGUACUGAAUUGUUUGAUCCAUCAACAGGGACAUGGAUGAUUGGCGAUAGCAUGAGUACUGCACGAGCUUUUCACGCCGCAUCCAUAUUAAAAGAUGGAAAAAUAUUAGUUAUUGGUGGAUCUGAUGGCAGUGCUACUCUAAAUAGUGCUGAGUUGUACGAUCCAUUAGCAAGUACUUUGGCAACUAUCGAUAAUAUGACUAAUGUAGGAAAUAGUCACACAGCAUUCAUAUCAACACGACUAUAA